CCGAAUAAACCCCACCAUCCAGCCUUGCCACACCUAUUUGCAUGCCAUUCUCACUUUCGUUUCCUUACACACUUGUUGUAUUUUUCCUCCUCCCUUCUUUCUUUCCUCACCCAUUGCUCUCUCUUCUCUCGUCCAAAAAAAAAAACACAAACCAUUCUUAUUAAGAAUCACGCAAGAAUCGCACAACAGAAAGUUAAACAACAACAACAACAACAUCAUAUAUAUCUCAGAUAUAUCAUCAUGGCCGUUGAGGCGCGCCAUCUCAAUCUCUUUCCCUCUCAAUUCAUACCCAACCGGGAAGUGAUGAAUUCUGUUGAGGCGAAUAUGAACAUGUACAACAACACCACUCCGAUGGGUGGUUACUCUUCGUUUCUGCCGUUAUCUGGCGCCGUCACGGAGACGGUGCUUCCGUCCUCGGUUUUCAACAACCAUUCUCUCGGUAACGCCGUGAAAUCCGAAAGCGGCGUUACCUAUAACAAUAACAACAACCACCACCACCACCACAUUAACAACGUUGUUAUGACUCCCACGUCGAGAAAGCGUUCCCGAGAUAACAGCAACAAUUACGGUUACAACAACAACAUCAACAACGAUUCAUUCUCGUUUCUCGGCCAAGACGUUUCUCUCCAGAUCCAACAGCAGCAACUCGACAUCGAGCACUUAAUCAUGCAACGCAUGGAGAAGGUGAGAAUGGAGAUUGAUGAAAAGAGGAAGAGGCAAGCGAGGAGGUUCAUCGAGGCUAUUGAAGUUGGAGUGAUGAAGAAGCUGAAGGCGAAGGAAGAGGAAAUAGAGAAAAUCGGAAAACUGAAUUGGGCGUUGGAAGAGAAAGUGAAGCAUCUUUGCAUGGAGAAUCAGGUGUGGCGCAACUUAGCGGAAGCGAACGAAGCCACGGCAAAUGCUCUACGCUGCAAUUUGGAGCAAGUUUUGGCGCAGUGUGGUGGAAUCGCGGCGGAGGAAGACCGCGGCGGCGCAACCGUGUGCGGCGGCGCGGAGAUGGACGACGCGGAGUCCUGCUGCGGGAGCACAGAGGAGGACUGCGAAGGAAAGAAAGUGGGGUGGCGCACGUUAGCGGGGUGCGCAGGGGUGAAGGAUAAGGACGAGGGGGGUGAGAGUAGUAAUGGUAAUGGGAGAAUGUGCAGGAAUUGUGGGAAGGAAGAGUCGUGCGUGCUGAUUUUGCCGUGCCGGCAUCUGUGUUUGUGUACUGCGUGUGGGUCUUCACUCCACAUUUGUCCUAUAUGUAAAUCCUUCAAGACUGCUAGUGUCCAUGUUAACAUGUCCUAAUUUUUGGAUAAAAUAGGACUAUCUAGGACCCUAAUCAAAAAAUCAUCUCUCAUCUCAACACAAUCUCCAAAAGAAAAAUAUAUCAAUUUUUUAUAAAUUGGCAGAUGAUAAAAAAAAAAAAAAAAGUUCACUUUGAUCCUUCUGAAUUCUCUAUUCUUCUCUCCACUUUAUGUUUUGUUUACUUGAUUUAGUUGUUUUGUGCA